AUGUCCCUCAACGUGGCCAUCAUCGGCGCUGGCCUAGGAGGUCUUGCUGCCGCCAUUUCCCUCCGCCGCCAGGGCCACAACGUCACGAUCUUCGAGCGAUAUGACUUCGCAGGCGAGGUAGGCGCAUCGCUAAGCGCAGCAAGCAACGGGUCAAGGUUCCUAGAGGAAUGGGGAGUCGACGUCAAGGCCGCGAAGCCGGUGAUCCUCAAGAAGUUGAUCAUGCACGAUUGGCGCAGUGGGCAGGUCGAGAACGAGUAUGGGCUGGGCGAUUACAAGGCCAGAUUCGGGACGGACUAUAAUAACUUCCACCGGAUCGAUAUCCACCAGCAGCUCCUACGUUCGGGUCUCGAGACGGAGGGUGAGGGCCCGCCGUGUACGAUCCAACUGAAUCACAAGGUAAUAGCUCUUGACGCGGAACUGGGAUCAAUCGGUUUCGAAAAUGGCGAUUCUUUCACAGCGGACCUCAUAGUUGCUGCGGACGGUAUCAGGUCCCAAUCCCGGCAAUUCAUUGGGAUAACUCCCAAAUUCUCCAUGUCCACCUCCUGCUGCUACCGCUGCAUAAUCGGCGCGGACAAGCUGCGGGAACUCGGACUGGAGGACUACAUCGACAACGAGGCCAUCGAGUACUGGGGCGGCUUCGGCAUUGACAAGAUCGUCAUGUCGCCUUGUAGUAAUGGCGAGGUGGUCUCGUGCUACUGCUUCUACCCGGCUGAAUAUAACGAACUGCGUGAGGACGGGUGGAAUAUCAGUGCGACGCCGCAACAGCUAGUGGAUACGUUUCCUCAAUUGGAUGCGCGGAUGAAGAAGCUGAUGUGGAAUGCGGAGGAUAUUAUAAUGUGGAGAUUGUAUCGACACGAGCCGUAUCCAUAUUGGACCAAAGGGAAGGUGUGCUUGCUUGGUGAUGCCGCACACCCAAUGAUGCCUGAUCAAUCCCAAGGCUCAUGCAUGGCCUUCGAAGAUGCCGGCGCCCUCGGGCUCAUCUACCACCGCGAUUUCCAGUCCCAGUACUCCAUUGCAGACGGACUACAUUUAUACGAAAGCCUGCGCAAACCACGCGCAACCCGCGUCCAAGAGGCCAGUUUCCGGGCAAGAGAGAAUCUCAACGAGCGCAUCGGCUGGAGUUCUGGGGCGGACCAGCCGGGGAAAUUGACCAUCGAAGAGGUGUGCGGGUAUGACAUGCGAAUGCAUCUAGAACAGUUGGUGAAAGAGAAGGCGUGUCGACAGUAG